AUGGCAAGCCCUAAUCUACAAUCAAUAGCUGAUCUAACAACAACUACACACAUAACAACCGGGGAUAUCCCUCCCCCGCUUGUUGGCGCCUCGACUACUACCGUCGGAACCGAACUCUACUUGUUCGCUGGACGGCUGGUAUCCUCUCGUCGAAUGACCAAUGACUUGUAUGUAUUAGAUUUGACCACUUUUGUAUGGAGAAAGAUUGAAAGUAAAGAAGACGAAACACCCAAAGCACGAUAUUUUCAUUCAGCAAAUCAAUACAAAAAGGCGAUUAUAUUCUUUGGCGGAAUGGGAUAUUCGAAAACUGCUAAUGACGGGUUAUGCGUGUUGGACGAUAUUAACGUCUUUGACACUGAAACGCAAUCUUGGCAAAGCCCAGAAGUAGUCCCCUCUGCGAUACUGCCAAAACCGAGGUAUGCACACUUGGCAGCAAUCGCCGGUGACAAGUUGGUGGUUGUUGGUGGACAGGAUAUGACUAAUGUUUAUAUUGAGGAAAUUAAUGUAUAUGAUAUUGAAGAAAGGACUUGGACCUCAUCACGUUCGUUCGAGAAACACUGCGGAGCGUAUAGAUCGAUUGCCAUUAGCUGUGCCAACCAUACAAACCUGCCAUCGUUUGGUAACAAUCUGGUGGUGGAUGCAAUGCCGCCGUCGCUUGCACAUGAUGAUCACUCUGUCUUUCCCGAUCCAUACGUGUCUCGGCCGUUGAAAAGAACCGGUUCACAGCAAUCCAUACAGUCUAGCAACAACAGUGUAAUGUCGAAUUCCACAUAUGGAAGUUGGAAUAGUAGCGUGACGUCCGGUCCGGGUGGAGUAAAGUUGAUGAGGAGUAGAUCCAUCAAGCGAAACCAGUCGAUAAGCGGAGCUUAUUUCCGACUAUCAUACACAACUGCCGUAACAGCUGAAAAUCCCAAUCCAAUAUAUCUAUAUUCUAAUUAUAAUUUCACCAACGUCAAGAGAGAGCUACAAGUCAUUGCUCCGCCAACCACGGCUAAUUAUCAGAUCAUGGAUCAUUCGGCUAACAUGUCUGGUCCGUUUCUUCCGCCCGGUCUUCGAUUCCCAACCGGCGGUAUUCUCGGUCAUCACAUCAUAAUAUCCGGUACUUAUCUCACUGACGGCGGUCAAACGUUCAGUAUAUGGGCAUUGAAUUUAGCUAAUUUAAUAUGGACGCGCAUUGAUACGGGGUCCUGCUUUAUGCACGGGUCCUGGAAUCGUGGCGUAAUGUGUGAAGCAAUGAACAAGUAUGCGGUUUUAGGACACCGAGAUAGGUCGCUCGUCGAUGACUAUAACCAUCGACAGACUAAUUAUGAUCAUGUGACUUUGGUCGAUCUGGAGGCGUUUGGAAUAUAUCAGCCUCCGCCUGCCACGAUGACACCAAUAGCGCAGGAACUAGGACUGGCUCUACUGAACGAGCCGAAUCUUGCCGACUAUGAGGUUGUGACUUUGGAUAAUAAUCGGAUCCCGGCCAACUCGCAUAUCUUGUCACAAAGAUGGCCUCAUUUCCAAGUACUAGUUGAACAGCAGAUUGAUCGAGUCCCCGAAUUGAGAUAUGAUGGCGAAAAUAAUCAAGAGAAAACGGUAUCCAUGUACAGGCACAGAGUGAUCGCGUUUCCUGAACCAUAUCCAGUCACUCUCGCAUUCUUGCAGUAUCUAUAUACCGACAAUUUGCUCACAAAUCAACAGCAGCAACCUCAUAUACUGGCACAGUUGUUGUUAUUGGCGGACAUGUAUCAACUCGAGAGAUUGAAAAAGCUGACUGCACACGCGCUUCAUCAGGCGUUAAGCAUGACGACUGCUGCGUUGAUAUACGAGACUGCAGCAUUGUCAAAAGAGACUGGUUUACAGAUACAGCAAGAUCCAUCACAGUUUGCGAAUACGAAACCUGCUGUGAAUAACUCUGAAACGAGCUUCUUGUAUUAUGACACGUUCGUGCCUCGUGUGGCUACACCGUCUAAUGGACCACAAGUAACCGGAAGAGCAAGAUCUUCAUCGUCGGUAUCUGCAUUUGGUGGUUCCUCCUCAUCGCUUAGAGGAGUCUUGCCGGCAAUCAGAGAUUCACGAGCUAGCAUUCUCGCCGAGGAAUCGCAGUAUAAAUUGAGAUCAACAAAGUCUACUAAUUCAUUAAAGUCUAUAAAACCGAACAGAAAUAUCUUUGCUAUUAGUAAUGGAUAG